AUGCGAACCAAAUUGAUAGGAGAUAUACACACAGAAGAGUUUUCUACAUUACUCUUAAAAAUUGGUAAUGGAACUGUAAAUGAUAAGGAUGAGUAUAUCACAAUUGUAAAAAAACUAGCAGUAUCGAAAAAUUCGUUGGAACAACUCAUACAAAAUGUGUACCGAGAUAUUAAAAAUUUGAAAAAUCUAAGUAAUGGAUGGUUAUGCGAACGCGUUAUUUUAACAACCACAAAUAACCGUGCUGACUUAAUAAACUCGCUAAUAAUUAGUGGAUUUCAAGCCCUAGAAAUGGAUUACUUUUCUACCUAUACAGUUGUUGAUAAUGAAGAAUUGGUAAAUUUUCCUACCGAGUUUUUAAAUUCACAAACACUAUCAGGUAUGCCUCCUCAUAAAAUAUCAUUGAAGGUGGGAGUUCCAAUCAUAUUAUUGAUAAAUUUGAAUUCUCCUAGAUUAUGUAAUGGGACUAGGCUCUGUGUAAUCUCUCUUACAAAAAAUAUAAUUGAAGUUGAAAUUUUGACCGGAUGUGCUAAAGAAGAAAAAAUACUUUUACCAAAAAUACCAUUAUACCCCAACGAUUUUCCAGUUAAGCUUAGAAGAAUUCAAUUUCCAAUAAAAGUUUAUUUUGCAAUGACAAUAAACAAAGCCCAAGGUCUGACUUUAACUUACUGUGGUGUAGAUUUGGAAAAUAACUGUUUUUCACAUGGGCAAUUGUAUGUGACAUUGUCUAGAGUUGGAAGACCUGACCAUUUAUACGUUUAUGCACCACAAAAUAAAAUUCGGAAUGUGGUAUACCAAGAGGUUUUAACUAGAGCAACUACGUAA